GGCCUCUCAUUCACAUGCAAAUAAGGCAGGGUAUAUGGCGACUGUGAGCAGCCGCAUUGUGACGUCACAAAGAGACCCAUAGAUCGUUGUAUAUAGUCACAUGGACCGGGGGGAGAGGCAGGUGUGAGCGCUCGCCCUGUACACGCACUGCUCACCUAGUAUCUGCACCUAGUCACCAUGGACCGGGCGGACAGGCAGACAAGGAAACCUCUUGUGGAGAAGAGGAGAAGGGCCAGGAUUAAUGAAAGUCUGCAGGAGCUUCGAGGAAUCCUUGCUGACAAUGAGUUUCAAUCAAAGAUGGAGAAUGCAGAAGUUCUUGAGCUGACAGUAAAGCGUGUCCAACGGAUCCUUCAGACGAGAUCAGCCGAAACGGACCAGUUACAGCGUGAGGCUAGUGAACGAUUUGCAGCAGGUUACAUCCAGUGUAUGCAUGAAGUGCAUACCUUCGUGUCCAGCUGUCCAGGCAUUGAUUCUGGCUUGGCUGCUGACUUGCUUAACCAUUUGCUGGAGUCCAUGCCUUUGAGUGAGGGAAGUCUUGAAGAUCUGGUUUUGGAUGUGCUUUUGGAUUCCCCAUCUUCUGAUUCUUCGUGUGCUCUUAGCUUGUUAGGAUCAUCCUCUGAUGACAGCUGCUCUGAUGUGGAUGAUGUGGAGAUUGGUAAAAGUGGGAUGGAAACUGUGCACGACAAUGAGAGGACCCCGGAUAUUCAGCCUCCAACCCCUUCCAUGUGGAGACCAUGGUGAUGAGAUCCAUAAUAUUGGAAAGCAAAACACCUGGGUUAUGGAUUUCUGUCCAAGAAGACGAGAGCCAGUACAUAUUGCAUCUAUAUAUUUGGAUGGUUCGCUCAAUAACUCUUUAUCCGUUGCAAUGUGAAGAGACACCAUGUUUUGUUUCAGCGACAUGAAUGUCUGUGAUUCACCUAAACAUUUCCUCCUGGACAAGGCCUCCUUUCCAGCUGAAAUGGCAAGAUCACAGUCCAGGAUUAACAACGCAGGAUACAACUUUGUAAAGAUUCUCUGUAAACCAGCUUGGUGUGUGUCAUACAGUUGUCCUUGUACAGAUACUAUUCAUUAUACUGCGCAGCAAUCCUAUCCCCUAGUCUGUCUCUAGCCGCUGUCAAGGCUAGCCGUCCUAUUAUAAUUCCGACCACCCAACCCGAGCUUUUGGGUGCGAGACUCUAGAGCAGGGUUCCUCAACUCCAGUCCUCAGGGCCCACCUGCCGGCCAUGUUUUCAGGAUUUCCUUAGUAUUCAGCAGGUAAUAUAUAAUUAGUGUCAGUGCGUCAGACCUUACCACAUGUAUUAAUUCUGAGGGAUAUUCUCAUGACCGGUAGGUGGGCCCUGAGGACUGGAGUUAAGGAACACUGCUCUAGAGGGAUGCGGUUAAGUCACUUGAGAAGCUAUAUAGGUGUAAUCUAGAUAGUGCUCGUUCUUGCUGCGUAGGCAUAGUGGUAGUGCGUUUAACUCUAAUCCCUAGGAGGGAUGUCUAGUGUUUAAGUAACCUGAGGUUCUACCUUCAGUGAAGGAGACUAGAGGAUUGUUUGGAUACCGAUUUGAAGGGUGCUAUAGGAAACACUUUAUUUUUUUUGCAGGAGUAUGUGUAUAUUAGGAUGGCAUUGUUUGUAGUUAUUUUUGCUUUUUUAGUGUAUAUAGAUGAAUUUUUAAUGCUUUAGGGAGCAGGUGCCUGAAUUUGUGUGAUGCACUUGAACCAAAUCCAUGGUCCCCAUUGUGUGCAUCCAUCUGGCAAGCACUUAUUGUUUUUCUUUAUACUUCUUAUCCCACAACCUGAUUCUAUUAUUAUUUUUUUUAAUAUAUACAUAUAUAUAUAAAUAUACUAAAAGUACUAGUGUGUUUGAGUAGUGCUACUGUGCAUUAAUUUCUCCUGAAUAAAUUAAUGAACUUUUGAUGU